CUUAGUGUGAUAUUUUGAAGAGUGAACUGUUCAGUAAAGAGAAAAAAGUAAGAUUCACAAGAAAUGAUUUCUGGUCUGUUUUUGGAGAAAACUGGAUGUUUCUUGACAUCAGAGGUCACCAGACCCUAGAAAGGGAUUGGAGAAAUCAUUUGGUGGAGAAGCUCUGCAUAGAUAAUGAAGGUCAUCACUGUCUGGAAGCCCUAAACCAAAUUACAGAUCUUACUCUGCAUAAAGGAUAUUGGCCUGGAAUUCAGCCCUGUAAAUGCACUAAGUGUGGAAAAGCCUACAGGGGUUGUUCUUUCCAAAAUCAGCAGAGAUCUCUCCCUGGAUACAGAUAUUAUCCAUGUGAGGAAUGUGGGGAAGCCUGCAGCUAUGUCUCAUGCCUAAGCCCUCCUAGGGGAACAGACAUUGAAGGGGAACCCAAUAAAUGUCAGGAUGCUGGGAGAACAUGUAAGAGAUGUGUGAAGAGUCAUGGUAGUAAACGGUCUUCAGAUUGUAAGAAAUCUGGAAAAGCUCUUGCUUUUCCCUCACUCUUUAAGGGACAUGAGAGAGGUCAGCAUGGACAGAAAACCCACAUGUGUAAAGUCUGUGGGAAAUCCUUUACCUAUCAUUCGUACCUUGCGUGGCACAUGAGAACUCACACUGGAGAAAAACACUGUGGGUGUGAGGAAUGUGAGGAAGCCCUCCAAUAUUCCUCAUCCCUGGUUGGACACAUGAUGAUACACACCAGUGACAAACCUUAUAUGUGUAAGAAAUGUGGAAAAGCCUUCAGUUGUCCCAAAUACUUCAGAAGAUACAUGAAAACACACAGCAGCAUAAAACCCUACAAAUGCACAGAAUGCGGCAAAGCUUACAGCUCCUCCUUAUCUCCCAGGGAACAUGUAGGAACACACAGUCAGGAGAAGCCCUAUGAAUGCCAGCACUGCGGGAAAGCCUUCAGGCAUCAGAGAUAUUUUAAAAAGCACGUGAAGUUGCAUAAUGGAGCAAAGCCCUAUAAAUGUACAGAAUGCAGCACACCCUACAGCUGCUCCAUGUCCCUCCGGGAACAUGAGAGAACACACACGGGGGAGAAGCCCUUUGGAUGUCCACUCUGUGGGAAAGCCUUCAUGCGUCAAGCCUCCCUUCGCGGACACCUGAGGACACACAGCAGGGAGAGAGCCUACACAUGCACGCAGUGCCAGAAGGCUUUCCGUUGGCCCUCCUCCUUAAGGAAGCAUGUGCGAAUGCACAAUGAGAAGCCCUACGCAUGUCAGCAGUGUGGGAAAGCCUUUUGGUACCCCACAAACCUGCGAGGACACAUGAGGACACACACCGGGGAGCAACGCUGAACACCAGGCCUCUGGGAGAGACUUCGUUUUCACUUCAGACUUGGAAUGCAAGCAGCACCCUGGAGCAGAACCUUGUGAAUGGGACGCUGUGGGAAGACCUUCAGCUCUUCACUUAUUUCAUACAGAAAACCUCAGGGCAUGACAGAAAUCUCUUAAUGGAUAUAAAUAUGGUUUUCCCUUCCUAAGUGCCUUGUCUUUGAUAGGGAUCCCAGGGUAUUCAUUCAUGUUCUAGUUCAUGUUGCUAAUCUGAACACUUAAGGUAACUAUCCCUUUGUCUCCUUCAUCUAUACUAGUUAUAUUUCAUUACCUUUGAUUUUACAUCAUCAUGCAGUCAUAUAAAGUUUAUCUCGUUUCUGUUACAAUGUCUUUUGGGUAGGAGGACUAUGUCUCUUGGCUUGGGGGAAUCUUAGUUUUCUAACCAAGCAUGGUAUCUGUGCCUCUGCAGUGAAAGUACAGAGUCCUAACCAUUGGACUACCAGAGAAUUCCUGUUAUGAUGUCUUUUAAAUUUUUAUUUAUUUAUUUAUUUUUGACUGUGUUGGGUCUUCAUUGCUGUGAGAGGGAUUUCUCUGGUUGUGCUGAGUGGGGGCUACUCUCUCGUUGCAGAGCAUGGGCUGAGUAGUUAUGAUGCACAGGCUUAGUUGCCCCAAGGCAUGUGGGAUCUUCCAGGACCAGGAAAUGAACCCAUGUCCCCUGCAUUGGCAGCAGGACCCUUAAUCAUCAGACCACCAGGGAAGUCCCUACAAAGUCUUUUGAACCCAGGGGUGUAAGUGGUUUUCAAUUUUCAUUUUGUGUGUGUGCAUGUGUGCAACUUGGUAUGUUUAGGCGAAAAGUUUUUGAUUCCUUCUUUGUUUUAUAUUCCCAGUAUGCUCUCAUGAUAUGAGGUUUGUAUUGUUGAAAAGUAUUUCCUGGUCCACUGUUAGAGAUAAAGAAUUUUCUGACUCAGUAUUUACUCUCCCCUAGAACCUUUAUACUGAAAGUUGUGUCUUCUAUGUUUCUUUGUAGACAAUGGAUACCCUAUCUGUAUUCACAGUAAUUAGUAAUUGUGGAAGGUCUUAAAGGACCUUCUGUCUUGCCUGGUAAUGUUUGUAAUUUGGCCUCUGCUCAUUGUCCUUGAUCUUGGUUAGAAAUUGGACACAAAACACUGAGUUAAGAAGAAUGAUUUGUUGGCAGGGAGAUGAAAGCUGCUGUCUAGAUGAUUCUA